UCCCCUCUUCACGUGGUGCGGGCGGGAAGUGACGCGAACGGCCCGGGAGCUGCGGACGCGGAGGCCGACGGAGCCGGAGUAGCGGACGCCGCGGGGUCUCCGGGACAGGAACCCCCAGUGCUGUGUCCAGAUUCUACAGGGGAAGGUUGCUGGGACCCUGGCCCCACCUUGCCAGUGGAAUGUCAGCCACACUGGAUCUGAAAUCGAAGGAGGAGAAGGAUGCCGAGUUGGACAAGAGGAUCGAGGCUCUUCGGCGAAAGAAUGAGGCCCUCAUCCGGCGCUACCAGGAAAUUGAGGAGGACCGGAAAAAAGCUGAACUCGAGGGAGUGGCUGUGACAGCUCCCCGGAAAGGCCGCUCAGUGGAGAAGGAGAACAUGGCAGUGGAGGCGGAGAAGAGCUUGGGUCCCUCCCGGAGGUCUCCUGGGACCUCGCGACCUCCAGGGGCCAGCAAGGGAGGCCGGAUGCCCCCCCAGCAGGGAGGGCGGGCAGGCAUGGGCCGGACAGCCCGUAGCUGGGAGGCCAGUUCUGGGGAGCAGCCUCGAGGAGGAGCUGGUGGCCGUGGCAGGAGGGGCCGGGCCAGGGGGUCCCCUCAUCUCUCUGGAGCUGGAGAUGCCUCAGCUGCUGACCGCAAAUCCAAGGAGUGGGAGGAGCGGCGCCGGCAGAACAUUGAGAAGAUGAAUGAGGAGAUGGAGAAGAUAGCGGAGUACGAGCGCAACCAGCGGGAAGGUGUGCUGGAGCCCAACCCGGUGCGGAACUUCCUGGAUGACCCCCGACGACGCAGUGGGCCCCUGGAGGAGCCUGAGCGGGACCGGCGGGAAGGCAGCCGCCGGCAUGGGCGCAACUGGGGGGGGCCUGACUUCGAGCGGGUGCGCUGCGGCCUAGAGCAGGAGCGGCAGGGCCGCCGGGCUGGCCUAGGCAGUGCUGGUGACAUGACGCUGUCCAUGACGGGCCGGGAGCGGUCAGAAUAUCUGCGCUGGAAGCAGGAGAGGGAGAAGAUCGACCAGGAGCGGCUGCAGAGACACCGCAAGCCCACUGGCCAGUGGCGGCGGGAGUGGGAUGCCGAGAAGACCGACGGGAUGUUCAAGGAUGGCCCAGCUGCUGUGCUUGAACCAUCCCACCGCUAUGAUGACCAGGCCUGGACGCGGCCCCCCAAGCCCCCCACUUUCAGGGAGUUCCUGACCCAGCACAAAGCUGAGGUCAGCCGCAGGAGGAGGAAGAGUAGCCGACCCCAGACCAAGGCAGCCCCUCGUGCCUACAGUGACCAUGAUGACCGCUGGGAAGCGAAGGAGGCAGUGUCCCCGGCCCCUGAGGCCCCCCAGCCCACUGCCCCUGAGGAGACGACCACGCAGGUAAGGCGGGCUCUCGUCGCUGGGGAGGGGGCCUGGGGGUGCUCGGGGCCCACCUCCUCUCCCCGAUCUGCCUUGUGUUCCCCACAGCCGCUGGAGACCCCAGCUCCUCCUGCCCACCGGCCCCCUGAGGAUGAGGGGGAGGAGGACGAGGGGGAGGAGGACGAGGGGGAGGAUGAGGAGUGGGAAGAUGUGAGUGAGGAGGAGGAGGAGGAGGAAGAAGAGGAGGUCGAGGAAGAAGAAGAGGCUGAUGAUGAGGAAGAACCAGCCCAAGACCACCAACCUCCGGAGGCAGAGGCCACCAGAAGCCCUACGGGAAGCCGCACCGGAAGUCCCACCGGAGGUGACCAGCCAGCCCCUGCCUCCCUGGAGAGUGGGCCCAGCCUCCCAGGAACCCAGAAAGCAGAGGAGGAAAGGUCUGACGCAGCUCCAGAGGCGGGCACCGAGGGCCAGGAGACCGCGGAGAUCACCGACUUCCAGAGGGUGCGUUUCUGCAAGGUGGUGGCUGCCGCUCCGCCACCGGGGGCCGCCCGCUGACCGCGCCCGCCGACCGCGGCCUCCGCGCUCUGCACUAACCUCCUGCCGCCUUGCGCCUCUGUCCUCUGCUUCCGUCACACUCCCGCCAGAAGAGGGUUAAAUGUAAGGGGGGCGGAGCCAGGGACUGUGAACGGGGUGGGGCCAGGGCAAUAGUCCAGUCUCACGCUUCGGGGGGCGCCGUGGCACCGGGAGGGCUGAGACGCCCCUAAUCACCCACCUAAUGGAAGCCAUGGGGUGAUAGAUGCCGGUCCCCGGGCCUAGAUUGCUGCCUCCCGGUUUACAUCUGGGGCCUGGCAGAUAGCUGGUGACUCUUCCACUGGACUCGGAAUUACCGGGCCCCGUCGCCUAUUAAACGCAGUGCUUCCGCUAACCUUUGAACUGUGUUUCUGGCAGGGCAGGCUGGGUUGCUAUGCUUGGCGGGCUUUUCCGUGGCGGAAGAGGCGGGAGGAAGGGGGUCUUCCUUUCUCCACCCCCCU